AAAGGGGCUGGUUUUGUCACUUUUUGAACCGACGUUGGGUUGACUUGACAAAACCCAGUGUCUAGUAGAGUCUUGCGUUACCAACGCAUAGGUUGUAGUUUCAAAUCCCAGAGAUUUUGAGAACACGCAUACUGGUAAAAUGUAUUGCUUGAAUGCCCUUCUUGCUGAAUCUUUAAAUAUGCCUUUCUCUAAAUAUCUAGGCUGGAUUUGUGUGUCUUAACAUAACACUUAUAUUAGCCUGUACUUUUUGUGGAAAUGUAUUGUAAAGCUGCAUUUGAUUCAUGUGACUGCAUUGCGUAUGUGUUUGUCAAACGGAAAUUUUUCAAUAUUCCUCAAAUAACCAGUUAUCAUACGUGAAGGGGCAGAAAGAGGAACAGGAAAGGCUGUGUUAAUGUGGUGUUUUGUAGGCUGUUGUGCAGUGGCCAGUGUUGCAGGCUGUUCAUUGCACACAUUAAACCACAGUGUUUAAUGUGUCAACAGUUUAACACGAGCCUUCAAAGUUUGAGGAAGCAAGCUCUUUAAGAAAAAACUAAAUGUUCACAUGACUAAAGGCUAAAGGUUUUUUUUUUUUAAAGCAAAUGCCGGUUUUGUGCAAACUGACUGCUCUGCCAUAGUACUGUCGCAUGGAGACAUAUUUAAGAUUUUUAGUGCAUGAUUGCAUUUUUGGAGGUCUGUGUUUUUACAGUGUCCAUAAAUAUUUGUUGACAUGCUAUAAAUAUCUUCCUAACAGUUUGAUGCAUGUACAGUCCAGCAUUCAGUCAUUUCUGCUCAUUUGCAUAUUUAAGUGUAGUGAGAAAGAGAGACAGGAAAAGCAGAAACGGAACUGUUUUAUCUUCACGUUAAACUACAGCCUCAGUGGCUCUCACAUUGGCAUAUAUGCUGGCGGUCAGUGGAGAUAAAUAUUAUAUUCAUCCCACAAUAAAGGAGAAAAAUGCUGAGACCACUUCUUCACUUGAUCUUUGCCGUGCUUGUCAUCGCUGGAGAUGAAAUCAAAGUCAGACUGGUCGGUAAUUUGGGCAACUGCUUUGGGACAGUGGAGGUCUAUUUUAAUAACACGUGGAGAACGGUUUGUGGAGAUGAAUGGGACAUUAAUAAGGCUGCUGUGGUGUGUGGAAAGCUUGACUGUGGAAGAGCCGUUAUUGCCCGUGCUCUGUUUGGGAAUGAGAGCAAUCAGCCGACUUGGUUGCGUCAUGUCAGUUGUGAUGUAACUGAGUCUUCUAUUGGAGAGUGUUCAGAACACUCAAAUUAUUGUUCUUCUAACAGUGAAGAUGCUGGAGUUAUGUGUUCAGCUUCUCCAGCGUUCAUCAUAGGUGCUGUGAUUAUAGCUUUAGUGCCUUCAUUAUCUAUCACAAUAAUUAUUAUCCUGUUGGUGAGGAAAAAGCGAAGAAAUCAAAAAAAGCAGAUAAACUCCAGAGAUGCCGUAAAUAUGAAUGACAUGCACGGUGUUGAAAGAUAUGACGUGAGGGAUGAAGAUGAUGUUGACGACUAUGAAAAAGUUGACGUUCCUGGAGACCAUGAGGAUCUGGACUCAGAACAAGACUAUGUGGAUAUAGAUCAAGAUGAGCCUAAACAAGCCAGUAUGAAGUCGUUGGAUUCAGAACAGGACUAUGUGAAUAUAGAAACAGAAGACUCAGAACAGGACUAUGUCAAUCUGGAAUCCGAUCAUUCAGACCAAGAUUACGUAAAUGUGGAUAUAGCAAAUAACAGAAUUAGAGUAGAUCAAUGAAAGCUGUUUUUAUAUCAAAUACAAGAGAACUGUGGCCUGGCUAGUAACGCAACACUAAGGUCAUGAUUUCCUGGAAGCACAGAACCUCCCACUCUUUAUUGAGUUCUCAAACUGGGCUCUGGGGACCCCUGGUGGGCCGCAAUAGCCAGGAAGUCAUUUUCUAUAAAUUAUAAAAUUGUUCCAUACUAUUAAAAAGUGCAUAAACGCUUUUAAGAUUACUUGAAGAAAGUGUUAAUAUUGAGUUUAAGUACAAUUUCAACAAAAUGACCCUUGGUUUGAAAGUGGUGGGCUAUUAAUUCAAGUUGAAUUGUGUUUUUGUUAAUUUAUUGCAGAUCUAGAUAUUUUUCUCACCUGUAAAUGUUUGACCCGAAAGGUGUGAGAACUAAAUGCAUGAAUGUAAAAUUUUUGGACUUUAUAUGACAAAGAUUAUAGAAAGAUUUUUAGGUGUUUUUUAAGAUUAUAGAUAUAAAGAUUAUAGAUUAAGAAUUUUUUAGGUGUACAGUAAAAAUGUGUUUGUAUGUUCUAGAAGCUUAAUAUUUUUCUCUCAGAAUUUCAGUUGUUUACUUUAACUGAUAAAUGCACAAUCAUAUUGUUCAAAUAUAAAGUCAUUUUCCUCUUAUGCCACAAGGUGGAGCUUUGACAAUGACUUUCAGA